AGGGGGCAUGGAUACGAGGACGUACAAUGGGGCAGGUGAGUCCGCGGGUGGUAGAGAGGGACGUCGAUGGAGAGGCAGGCGAGAGUAGGACACGCAAAGGCUCUCGCAAGUGGAGUGGAUCGGUGAAGGGGAGGCGGAGAGGGGGAGCGAGAGAUGAUAGUGAAGUUUGACCCGGCAGGCAUCACGUCCAUCUCGACGCUGACGGUGCUGUCCUUCGAGAGGUACAUGAUGAUCAGCCGGCCGUUCGGCGUGGGCGGGCUGAGCCGGCGCGGCGCCGCGGGGCUGGUCGCGGCCGCCUGGCUCUACUCCUUCGCGCUCACCGCGCCGCCCCUCUUCGGCUGGGGCGAGUACACCAACGAGGCCGCCAACAUCAGCUGCUCCGUUAACUGGGAGACGGGAGCACGCAACUCCACCUCCUACAUCGUCUUCCUCUUCCUCUUCGGCCUCGUGAUUCCGGUGCUGGUGAUGGUCUGGUCGUACGUCAACAUCAUGUGCACGAUCCGCUACAACACGAUCCGCAUCGGGCAGGUGACGCGCGCUCAGCAGCGCAUCGGGCUCAUGGUAGGGCUCAUGGUAUCGGCCUUCCUGUUCGCCUGGACGCCGUACGCAGGCCUCUCGCUGUACGCCGCCUUCGGCCCGCCGGGCCCGCUCGCGCCGGGGCUGACCGUCGCGCCCGCCCUCUUCGCCAAGAGCUCCAUCUGCUACAACCCCUUCAUCUACGUCAUGCUCAACACGCAGUUCCGCGCCUCAUGGAAGCGCCUGUGGGCGCCGCACUCGAGCGACACGUCCCUGGAGGCGGGCGCUGAGCCGUCCGUGCCGGGCGAGCUGGUGUGCACGCAGCAGACGUCGGCCGGCGGCGGCAACUCGCCCGUGGUGGCCGUGCGCAGGCCCAACACGCCGCCGCCCUCGUACCGGCGCCAGCGCAAGAUGGAGCGCCUGCUGCAGGUGCGGCAGCAGGAGCAGCAGCUGCUGGGCCCCAACCACCUCAGCAGCAGCAGCAACGGCAGCAGCAGCAACGGCUGCCGCGCGCUGCGAGCCGUGUACCGCAGCGCGCCCAACUCGGAGACGGCCCCCUUCGUGCCGCCCGCGCCCGCGGCGGACGACACGCGGCCGCGCUCCGCGCCGCCCAGCACGGCGCAGCCCGACUCGGACGACUCGGACGACCAGAGGUCGCCGUUCAGGCGCGUCCCCAAGCGCGACAAGAUUGUGGCGCGCCACAACCUGCGGCAGCUCAAGGAGGUGGCGCGCCGGCAGACGCGCCAGGAGCGGCAGCUGGAGCGCGAGCUGCAGCGCCACGAGCGCGAGCUGGAGCUGCAGCGGGGCAAGCAGGAGCGCCUGGAGGAGAAGCGGCGACGCAAGGAGGACAGCCUGCGCCGCCUGCAGCAGCAGCAGUUUAGCGCCAAGUUCCACCCGGCGUGCCUCGUCGCGCUCGUCACUGACCCGCGCAGCAACUCGUUGCUCUCUGUAAAGGUGGGUGAGGGCGUGAACAGGCACUCGGCGCCGGGCCUGCUGUCGCGCUGCUUCGGCCGGAAGGGCGGCCUGCUCGCCAAGUCCGCUGCGGAGGCCAAGCAGAAGGCGCAGCAGGUUGCGCAGGCCGCCCGCGACGGCAAGGCGGGGGACGCCGACGAGAACGGGCUGGACGGCGUGUCCGUGUCCUCGGCCGGCGACUGCAACGUCGGCAUCGAGGUGUUCGAGGUGGAGGUGCGGCGCGGCGACCCGGACCAGGACCUUCGCCGGCUGCCGCCCACCGAGUCUGCCCUGUAGCUCGCCGUCAACGAUAGCCGUCCACGCGCUCAACCGAGAGGACUGUCGCCCGCGGAGGGCUUCCAAGCGUCGCGUCUCGCCCUGUCUCGGGGCUGUGCGGGAGAUGGACGUCCACACGUAGGCGUAGUGUCGUAGGGACCGAGCUUCUGGACGUUCCUUUCCUGCCCGCCCCACUCGCCCCGCCCCGCCCCGCCCUGCCUGCCGGGGAGGGGGCAUAGAGCCUGCCUCUCUCCCCCCGCGACAGCAGUCGGGCCGGGAGCCACGUGCCGCGCGCCGAGCCGAGUGACAACGGCGUUCAUUCCUGGGAGCGAGAGCGAGAUGGAGCAGCGAGAUUUUCGCCUCUGCUGGCCUCGGCUGGUCGUAAGUAGGGCUUACCUCCCUGUUUGCGAAACUCUCACCACACGCGGGUGAGAGAGACGGUGGUACCUCAGAGUGCUGGCAAACUAUUAUUAUCAUCGUGAAGACCAAAACCAAACGUGCCAAUUUCGUGCCAGGUCGGCAUGAGCGAGUGUAUUGUGUUUUCCCUAACUUGACAAAAAAAGGGGGGGAGUCAUUAUUGUUGAUCCCUCAAGCUCCAUAAAGAAACUUCGUUUCAUUUUGAUAGCAGGAAAUAAUAAUGAUAAUGGAUUAAAGAGGUUGUUAGGGUAGGUGACCUUGGUUAAAGUGAUGUAGUUUUGUACGUGGUGUAAAACUUAACUGCCUUUGUGUUAAUGUUAAUUGGUAUUUAAAUAUUAGAGAAUCAGUAUGUAUAUGUGAAAAGUUUCGUUAAACUUCUAUCAAAGAUUAUUCUUCCCCUUCCCACUAAUUCUCCAUUUCGUCACGUAAUUUUUAGUGUGCUGCAAGAACUCUAGUUUUGCUUCAUGGAUACAGCCUUGUAGCAGGAAUUUGGUAUUGUAAAAAAGACUGGACGUUUACAAGUUAAAAAUCCAACAAUGUUGGAGAGAUCACCGACUACUUUCAGCUAGAAUAUAUAUUGUCCUGUGAUAAUAGUUGCAUUAAAGUCACUACCUAAGAAUCCACUGGAAAUUUCCAAAUAAAAUAUUAUUUAGGGGACAUGUUUGUCAAGACCAUUUAAUCAGGAAUGCUGAUAUUCAGAUGUAACAGCCUGUGAUAAGGAAACUAUGCAUGCCAAUGGUAGAUUUUUUGGGGGUCGUACUUUAACUUUCUGUGAUAAGAGAAUGAGUUAUGUUAAACAAAGAAUUGUUUGUAAAGAUAAUUCGUGAACUGAAAGAAUUUCCUGAAGUAUGUCAUGGGCCCAGCUGAUAAUUAUCGUAUUUACACGAUUAUGAGCCAGACCGAAACUUUUUUUGUUGAUCUAUUUCUGAGACGCAACUUAAAAAUCGUGGCAAUUUUUUCAUGAAUCUUUUCGUGGUUUUAUCGUCUGCAUGGUUUCUGCAGGAAUAUACAUAUAUGUAACAUAAUUGGAUAUAAAUUAAACCAUUUAUGAAAAUUGUAUUGAAAGUAUAAAGGUUUUAUUUAAGGUACUGCUGACAGUGUGUGACUUAUAAUCGUGUAAAUACGAUUCAUAGUGUUCAUGAGUGUUAAAGAAAUGACUCUUGAACAAAAACCGCGUCAUGCGGUCAAGUGCAUACAAAGAACACAUUUCCUUAUGAGUCGUCAUUUCUUUCAACACUGAGAGCACUAAGUCCAAUUAGAAGUCGUCAAUACUUUACUCAUAUUUUUUUCCAUAUUAUAUGGUGGUCCACCUGUGGAGGUGGCCAUAUUAUGUAAAAGUAAAAUUGCAAGGACUAAGUCUGGAGAAAAUUUAAAUUCAGUCAUCAUUUCCCAAUGAGAAAUUUAUCCGACGACAUCGUUUCGACAUCGUUUUUCACGUCGUUACGACUUAAAAGUGGUCAUGAAAUCGACUGCUUUUCGACAGUGAAAAGUCGAAACGACAUCGAAACGACAUCAGCUGUCGAAAAACCGUCGAUUUCAGGACCACUUUUAAGUCGUAACGACGUGAAAAACGAUGUCGAAACUAUGUCGUCGUAAAAAAUUUCUUACUGGGUUUCGACAGCGUUGACAGCUCUAGGACUUCAAUAUUUCAACAAUGCCAGCCCAGGUCCACAGUUUUUUUGCCUACUUUGUUUUGAAUCAGAAUAAAUACUGUAACAUAAAAGGAGAGUAUUGUUUCUUCUGUCUUGGGCCUGAUAGGGCGUACUGUAACUGAAAAUCUAAAGUAAGUUUAAUAAGACUAUCUUCCCUCUGUCAUAUCAGCCACAAAGCACAAAAGUGCAAAACCACAGUGCCCCCUAUUAAUACGUUCGGUACGGCGUCUGAUUUAGGGGAGGGAAGAAAACAUUUGGUCGUGACCACCUCGUGGUCAUACUGGUUUGUUGGUACAACCGGGUUUUCAUGGGGGUAUUUUGUCCUCACUGGACAAAAGUAAACACCAAAUGACAAAUUUGUAUGUGGCUUUUUUUUUUCAAAGUGUCAAUACUGGUGAAGUCGUGUGUGUAGUUUUAAAGCUUUUUGUGGCAAGUUUUAAAUUUAAUGCGUAUGUUUGCUGCACUUUUGAAAUUCGUCGUUAAAAUUAUUGAUUAUUUUUAAAUUAAGACAGGUUUGGUUGUAGAAUGUUUUCUGAUGCAUUUUCAAAAUUGUAAUAAUAACAGUUCCUUCCAUUUUACUUUUCUUGUUGAAUUCCAACAUUCUUUGUUGGAAAUUUUAUUUGUGACAGAAGUAUGUGCAGAGUAUGCUGGAACAACCAAACAGGGUAGGAAUGCAAAGUGCUUCUGCUAAGUUCAGGUUUCACCCGUUUUCAGAUGACAAGAUACGUUUGAAGAUAUUUUUGUGCUUGCGUGAAUUAAAAUUUAAAGAAAAAAUGAUAAGGGUGUUACAAAUUCUUUAGUGCCUGUCUGUCUGUCUGUCUGUCUGUCUGUCUGUCUGUCUGUCUCUUUUCUUUACAGCCA